AAGCGUCUGGGGACAUGGCUACUCUGCUAUGGGGUUAUCUUCGUAUACCCUUCAUAUUCGCUUCUGGUUUGGGCAUGGUUCUUAGUAGCGGCCUUUUCUACUACCAGAAUGAACUCAUCUAUCCUCGCAACAUCCCCGCGAAUGCUCGUACCGACGUCCCAAGGCCAUCGCAGCUAGGACUUGAUGCCGAAGAACUCACUCUACCUACACCAGAUGGUGAGACUUUAAGUGCCUUUCUCGUCAAGCCAGGAAACGCCAGCAAGGCAAAGAAUGUGACUCUCCUGAUGUUUCAUGGAAAUGCUGGAAAUAUUGGCCAUCGACUUCCCAUUGCUAAGAUCUUGGCAAAUGAAAUGUAUUGCAAUGUCUUGAUGCUUCAGUAUCGAGGUUACGGCUUGUCCACUGGUAAUCCAAACGAGAAAGGCAUCGCAAUCGACUCGCAGACUGGACUCGACUACAUCCGAAGUCGAGACGAUCUCAAGAAGACCAAGAUUGUCGUUUACGGCCAAAGUCUGGGAGGUGCUGUCAGCAUUGGGCUUGCUGUCAAGAACAAGGACCAAGGUGAUAUCGCUGGCCUGAUUCUCGAGAACACUNUUUUGAGCAUCAAGAAGAUGAUUCCAAGUGUGAUCCCUGCAGCCAAGUAUUUGACACCGCUUUGCCAUCAGGUUUGGCCUAGUGAAGAAAUGCUUCCCCAGCUCACCAAUAUUCCCAUUCUGUUCUUGAGCGGGCUCCAGGAUGAGAUUGUACCGAUCUGGAAGGAGUUUCCUUACGGCGAUCAUAAUAACACUGUUACAGAGGCCGGAUACUUUCACUACAUCCAGGAUUUCGUCGAUCAGUAUAUUAUUUCA